AUGGCGAACUUGGCAAAGCUUGAAUAUGUUGUCCUGGACAUUACCGGGAAGAAUUACCUUACAUGGGCUUUGAGAAGCAGAUACAAUCACCAGACAACGAUGAUUCUUCCAAGAGCUCGCUAUGAAUGGACUUACCUAAGGAUCCAGGAUUUCAAGUCAGUGGCUGAGUACAAUUCUACGUUGUUCAAAAUUACAUCUCAGAUGAAGCUCUGUGAGGAUACUAUUAUUGAGGAAAUAUUGCUGGAAAAGACUUUCAACACAUUUCAUGUCUCUAACGUGCUCAUGCAGCAGCAGUAUAGAGCACGAGGCUACACUGAAUACAACCAGCUGAUAUCUGUGCUCCUGGUAGUUGAACAAAACAAUAAGCUCAUAAUGAAAAACCAUAAUUCUCGACCUACUAGAUCUGCACCAUUCCCAGAAGUGAAUAAUGCUUCCAUCGAAGUGAACGCCACAUCCUCUGGUGGCAAUAAUCAUAAACGAGGACGUGGCCACAAGCGAGGUCGAUAG